ACUAGUACAAACAUACAUUAUCAUCGUAGAUGAACGGCAAGGCCAAAAGGAACACCGGAGGACUUUCUGUAGCUGCUGCUGCAGAAAAUCUUAGCAGAAAGAUGAUCCUCUUGGAAGGCUCUCAGUCGCUGUUGGCCCCUUUCUUAACAAAGAAGAAAAUAAAGAAGCGGCCACAACCUCUGGCUCAUUCGACGCCAAUACCUGGGGCAUCCCAGCAACUUCAGGAAGCACCGCGACCGAAGAGGCCAAAGAUUAAUCUUACAGCUCCGAGAUUAACACCAGUCUCAGUUGUUAAAAAGAUUAAGAAGCCUACAACUGCAUUGACCAACAUUGCUUUGCAGCGGAAAACGCAACCUGAUACAAUUUCUCAAUUGGGCGCAUCGUCGUCGACCAUCGAAUUGACGGAGAAGAUUAAUUCGCUCAACAGAAGAAUCAUCAACGUUGAAGAAACAAAUACCACCAUCAACAACCGACUCACAUCCCUUGAGAAUUCGGUCAAAUCAUUGGACGAUAGAACAAAGCGGAUGGAGGAAAUGCAAGAAUCCAUGUUGAAGAUGCUCAAGGACAUGACGAAAAGAAACUCCCCUAAGGCUAGAAGAAGACCUGACUGCUUCCCUUUUAAGUCGAUUGCAGAUCUGCUUGAAUUUAACAAUUCGAAUGAGGAGCUGUAUGACGAUGUCGUCAACUAUCUCGCCUACCUGGGAGGUGCCAAUCUCUGCGACGAAGCUAACUUUUAUUUUAAAAACUGCUUUGAAUUCUACGCCGACCUCUUCCGUAAUCUGUCCUGGCUUGGCUCCAGAAUCGACGAUGUCAAGGUGUCUCUAAUGUCGACUCGUUUUACGCGUGCUUGCGAAGCUGCAAUGAAUCUAAACAAGGACGCUUUAGAGAAGCCCACAAAAGACAAAUUCGCCACUGCCAUGACGAAGGCAAUUAAGAAUGUCAAGGAAGCGUAUCGCCGAAAGAGCGCGCCGAAGAGAUCGCCGAAGAAGCUGCACAAAAUGGUAGAAACGGUCCUGCAAACGCUCAGCAGCCACGGCAGCCUCCACAACGACGCGGUGUUCGUGUCCAUUUGCCGAUCAACAAUCGUAUCCUCAAUGAACCGCAAGACGAGCUGAACAAUCGGCUGCAGAGCAACGAGGACUACGGAGAUCCCCUCCCACCCAGGCAAUUGGAACCUGCCAAUAAUGAUGAGGAGGACGAGGACCAGUACGCUGACGAGAUCGAGGACGAGGAAGAGGAAUCGGAAGGGGAACAGGGGGAGAACGAGGAGGAAGAAGAAGAGGAAGAAGAAGGGGAAAAUAACGAGGACGAGUUCGAAGAAAAAUCUCAGGAGAGAUUGAAGAAAGAAGAAAAGCACCAAAACGAGGACGAGGAAAAUUAUUGGAAUGGAUUCAUCGAAAAUCAAGAAGAUGAAUGCAACAAUGACGACGACGACCCAUUAAGCUGCGACUUGUUUGCCGAGCCGUAAUGAAGAGGAUUUGAG